GUGACCCUUAACCCCGGCACUUCUCGCGAUAAAGCUAUGUGUUUAGAAAGGCUGGGAGCAGACCAGACCUUCAGGAGAGACUUCACUGCUGGAGGGCUGCUUGUUCUAGAAAUGGACUGCUCAAAUCUAACGAAUGUAGAGUCCACGGAUUACCAGAACAGACAUAAAGACGCAGACCAGCAGCACAGCACAGAGGAUGAGCCUUUGCUUCGAGACAACCCCAGGCGUUUUGUCAUCUUUCCAAUCCAGUACCCGGACAUCUGGAGGAUGUACAAACAGGCCCAGGCCUCGUUCUGGACAGUGGAAGAGGUGGAUCUAUCUAAGGACCUGACACACUGGGACAACUUGAAGCCUGAUGAGAAACACUUCAUCUCUCACAUCUUGGCUUUCUUUGCUGCCAGCGACGGCAUCGUCAACGAGAACCUUGUCCAGAGGUUUAGUCAGGAGGUGCAGCUUCCAGAGGCCAGAUCAUUCUAUGGGUUCCAGAUCCUCAUAGAGAACGUCCACUCUGAGAUGUACGGCAUGCUCAUCAACACUUACAUCAGGGACUCUGAGGAGAGGGAGCAUUUGUUCAAUGCCAUUCAGACUAUGCCGUGUGUGAGGAGGAAAGCAGACUGGGCGAUCCAGUGGAUCUCUGACACCAAAUCCACUUUUGGGGAGCGGAUAGUGGCGUUCGCUGCAGUGGAGGGCAUCUUCUUCUCGGGGUCGUUUGCAGCUAUUUAUUGGUUGAAGAAGAGAGGCCUGAUGCCUGGGCUCACCUACUCCAACGAGCUCAUCAGCAGAGACGAGGGGCUGCACUGUAACUUUGCCUGUCUGUUGUACAGCUACAUAGUGAAGAAACCGUCAGAGGACAGGGUAAAGGACAUUAUCACCAAAGCUGUCAGCAUUGAGCAGGAGUUUCUGACAGAGGCCUUACCGGUGGAUCUGAUUGGGAUUAAUGGUGUGCUGAUGAAGCAGUACAUUGAGUUUGUGGCAGACCGUUUACUCCAAGACCUGGGAUUGGCCAAGGUCUAUCUGACAGAAAACCCCUUUGACUUCAUGGAGUCCAUCUCACUGGAAGGGAAGACAAACUUCUUUGAGAAGCGUGUGGCUGAGUACCAGAGGUACGGAGUGAUGUCAAACUCCAUGAACUGUGACUUCACCCUGGAUGCAGACUUCUAGAUCAAACACAUUGUUCCACUUGAAGAAAAAGAUGGAGGAGGCUUCAGAUGGCUUGCCACUGUCAAAUGAAGGCCCUCCACCCUGGCGCUAGCUAGUUGGUAGUGCUGGCAGUGGCUACGCUACAUGCUAGUUGGUAGUGCUGGCAGUGGCUACGCUACAUGCUAGCUGACGUUUUGAAAAGAUGGCAACGGACUGGCAAGCUUUAACUGAGCGAGCCAAGUUAAUAUCCAGUCGUCUCAGAGCUGUUAUCCUCCGGGCCGGGAUAUAUCUGAUAUAUCUGAUCGUAUUUUGGGGUGGAAUUGGGUCUGACGCCUGAGCUUUACCCGUCAUGGGUGAUUUUUCUCCACGGCGGCGGACUCUUCGGUGGGAAAAAGCGAAGAGCUCUGCUUACUCAAGACAGGGGCAAUGCCCUCCAGGCUCAAGUGAAUACAAUUGUGAAGCACGAGGAACAAAAGAAGACAAAAAAAUAUAUCAGGAAAAGGUACACACAUUUAGCUAUCUGUAAAUAGUAAUUGUCGUAGCAUUGGCAACAUUUUAUUUGGCUGUGUAGCUUUGUUGUUGGCUGACUAACCUGUUAACUUGCUAAUGUUAGCCGCUAGCUAGCUUAGUUUGCUAUUGUUAAGUACUGGCUUUGUUUUGGUAGCUUAGUUUCCGGCUAGUUAGCUAGCCAUGUUCGUUAACAUUAAUGUUUUCAUUCUUGUUUUCAGUUUCAUGUGAAUCAUAAAUUACUUUUUCAUCCUAGCCUACUCAUGUUACUAGCUAGAUAUGCUGGCCUAGCUAGCUAACGUUAGGUAGUCAACUGAGCUGCGUAAUUAGAUCUGGCUAGAUAAACACUUAGUAUAACCUAGAACUAGCUAACAGUAGCUUGUCUGAUCACUGUCAGCCUGCCUGAUGUUUAGAUUGCUUUCUCAUGUUAUUUGUGCAAGUCGCACACACGGCGCAGUAACAGUCACUCAGUUUGUUGUUUCCCUGCCUACAGAAGGCUCAGUCUAACCGGCGGACAGUUCCAGAGCCGCAGGAGGAAGUGAGAGAAGAGAUCUCUAAACCUUCCCCAGAGAUUAAAACUGAAAAGGUUUUGUAGCUGCCAUAGAGCCAAAAAUAACACCACAGUCUUUUGAAACAGUUUAUUUGAAUGUUUUUUUAUUCAUUUUUUUUUUUUACCCCUUUUCGUGGAAUUCAAUUGGUAGUUACAGUCUUGUCUCAUCGCUGCAACUCCCGUACGGACUCGGGAGAGGCGAAGGUCGAGAGCCGUGCUUAACACAAUG